CGAUCCUUUGGUUCACCUUGUAACGUGACGUGUAACGCGUCGUGUUCCCAAUUCGUCCAUGCCAUGGAAUGUUGCGAUGCUGUCUGUCGACCGUCCGAGUGUUGGGCGGCGUCGACGGAGCUCAAAGAAUCAGGUUUUUAGUUUUGGUUUCAUAAUAUCAAACGCGUGACCUUGACCGUCGUUCAAUUUUAGGUUACUGUCUUCUGCUAGCGCCCAUGUCCAAGAAUGCUUGCACCGCAGUACCGGGACUCAGAACAAGAGCAAGCAAUCUCUCAUGACAUCAGAAGAUCCUCAGGAGUCUGGCCCGUCCAAUAGCACUCGCGCUAUAAGUGCUCUCCGGAAAAUCCUGACGUCCUCUACCCUGCUUCCAGACCCUUCCAGGAGGCCGACACCCAAUACUAUUCAUUCUUUUUACAUCUCAGCAAAAGCACGGGGCCAAUUGUCGCAGCUCGACUCAGGAAUGCUUAGCGCUUUAAUUGGUCUUUUUGGGUCCUUGUCUGUUGACUCGACAAGAACAUGUGUGUAUACUAGUCCACUCCUUCCUUAUGUGAAAGAUAGUCCUGUAUCUCGUGACUACUGGGCAUUUGUGAAGGAGGUUGUAUCAUUCAAGCGCCAGAGGGGCAUGGCACUGGCGCAUUCAGAUAGAUAUUGGAUGAUGCGAGCGGAGUUGGCGAGCCUUUCCCCCUCUAAAGAUGGCCAGCCCGGUUACACCCACAAAUUUGAUCGCACUCUGUUCCGCGCCCGAAAACAAUACCUCCACUUUUCUCGACACGUUUUCGAUCCAGAUGUUCACGUUCCAUAUUUGACAGCACUUUUGUCGAGCACGGACCCUCUUCACAAGCAGUGGGCCAUUGAUGCGAUAACCAGCAUCCUUCUCACUCAUCCAUUUCUUCAUGCGAAAGUUAUGAAAGUGUUACUGGGGAUAGUUCAUGACACUGACACCGCGCUUUUGGAAUCUAUCCUAUCAGCCAUUUCAAUCCGGGUCACUCAUUUUCCGUCGCCAUGUGGGGGCACUGCGGGGGCUUCUAUAUCUGUACCUGUUGAUGCUACCACUUUCACAUCCGCUCUCUCGGUAUUUCCGUUGCCCAUACCAAGUCCCUCCCCCCAUAUGAAAGCCAUUACGGAGUUGCUGCACGAGGCAUUUUCAUCCAACGUUCCACUAGUCCAUCGGCGAAGCAAUCUCCUUCUGUGUUCGCUGCUGUAUAGCUGCAACGGCAGUGGAAUUGCUAUUUCAUCGCUUGAUUUUCCUUUGGAUGGAUAUGCAUCCUUAUGGCAGACCCUGUUUGCCCUUGCGAUUCUCGAAGAGGUUACGCGAGCCGCGGGUCCAGCCCUUCUUCACGAUCGUGCUCUCCGCGGACGUAUUCAAGAGAUGAUACGUUCUCUUCAUGAGUCCUGGCUGCACCUCAUGUCUAAUGAAUCACCCCCCACCCUCAUUUCACGUGCUGUUACGACUUCUCUUUUUCGCCUCUCUGGUGCAGUAGUGGAUCCGAAGCUAUUUGCAGCGUACCUGGAGUCGAGUAUAAACUUCGGACUUUGGACCGGCGAUUCUUCGGACACCGUAGAGGGACCCCAAUUAGCAGCAAUGGCAGCGAUGCAUCUUGCUACAUUGAUGCAAGUCCGUGGGUGUGGAGCGGAAUUCAUCAUGAAGACGUUGAGUUCCUACUCGACUGACGUGCAACAACAAAGUGUUGUAAUGUCUGCGGCUGUCAAGGACCUCAUUCAUCGUAAUGUUGAGCUCGCCCACGCAUUGUACAACAUCGCUGUCCGCAGUGGACGAGACAUCGAUGUCGAUACCGCAUAUCUUCUAGCUAGGGCACUCCCACCUGUUCAUGCUGUGGGGUUUCUUAAGCAUGAACGAUUUUCUCGAAUACAAGUGGGAGGCCUCCUGAGCAGUAUUGCUCGUUUUCUCAAGGAGACGAGGAAUGAACAUUAUGACACUGAUCUGAUCGAUGACAUUGGGAUUUCCCUCCGCAAACUCUACUCGAUCUCUCCUCCUCCCAUUCACUUCCGUGGGCAUCUUCAGCUUCUUCUAGCCGAGCUAUGCACUCGGGGCAGUGGGUUCCAGACUACGGCUAUUAUUGCUAACGUCAUCAAAUUCUACCCGGCCUUCUUUCAAUUCUCGUUCUUGUUGCGGCUAGUUUACCUCUUUUUGCGCCGCAGGCAAUUCCGCUGCGCGUUGCGAAUCCAGAAAAUUUUAGUUGGCACACACCGGGGAUGUGUUCCUAACCUUCGUCACAUGGUCAAUACACGCCUCGGUGUGACAGCUAGUGGACGCAUAUCCACGAAUAUUUUUAUCACAGGGCGCAAGUCGCAUACCCUAUUUCGAGGUGGCUGUUUCUGGGCAGCGGGGACUUUAUUCAAGAGCGGUAUGAGCAGUGGCCCGGUAUACAACAGAGUUCUGCAAGGUUUAAUAUACGCUAGGCGACCGCAUGCUGCAAAGGUCGCUUUCAGUCGUGUUGCAAGCAAGGUGGACACCAAAAGCCGGACGAUCCUAGGCAACACGCUUUUGCACGGUGUCGUUACACGUCCGGUCCCGAGAAACGGCAGGCGUGUCCGGAAGCUCUUGGGACUCCUCGACAACCUCGUGAAGUACGAGCAGUUUGCGCCCGACAGGAUAACUGUCAAUAUCAUCCUGAAGGCGUUGAUAGUCUGGAGGACUGCAUUCGAUCAUCAACAUUUACGUGCGCUGUUCGACCACAUGGUUCGUGGUGGAUACCCCGCAGGGAUUCACUCUCCUUCCCAUCCGCCCUUCAGCACUCCGCUUCUGCGCACCAGUGGAACACUCACGCUGUCGAAGCUUCCACCUUACAUAUCGUUUGAGAAGCAUGCGAAGCCGAUGCUCAAGAUGUUUAUCAAGGCAUUUUAUCUACGGAAUGAUGUAGAGGCUGCGCGUACGGUAGUAGAGAUUUUGAAGAUCGAGCAGAAGAAGACUACAUUGCAGAGAGAGCGACGGUCAGUGGCGCGUUUGAGAGGGUGGAUGGAGGCCGAAAAUAAUACGGGCCGCAGGGAUCACACGAGUCAUGUUCAUAAUGAUAGAUCAUAAUAGACUUUAGUUGCCACUAUGGAGAGGCACUGUUGAAAAAAUUUCCGUC